AUGGGAAGGAGCGGAAUCCAGACGGGACCGGGAGGGAACCGGGACGGGACCGGCGCCGCGCGGAGCGGCGGAGCCACGCCCCUUUCCGCAGCCCCGCGGCGCUCCCGGGACCCCCGGACACCCCCGACACCCCUGGACACCCCCGGGCACCCCGGAGACUCCCAGGCAUUCCCGGCACCUCCGGACACCCCCGGGACCCCCGGAUACCCCCGGGACCCCCGGAUACCCCCCGGACACCCCCGAGACCCCCGGACACCCCCGGGACCCCUGGACACCCCCGAGACCCCCGGGCACCCCCGAGACCCCCGGGCACCCCUGGAUACCCCCCGAGACCCCCGGUACCCCCAGCACCUCCGGACACCCCCGGCACCUCCGGACAUCCCCAAGACCCCCGGGCACCUCCCGAGACCCCGGGGCACCCCCGGUACCCUUGGACACCCCCGGCACCUCCGGACACCCCCGGCACCUCCGGAUACCCCCGGCACCUCCGGAUACCCCCGGUACCCCCAGCACCUCCGGACAUCCCCAAGACCCCCAGACAGCCCCGGGACCCCCGGACACCCCGGGGCAGCGGUGGCAGCGGAGCGCGCCCCGAUCGCCAUGGCAGCAGAGGUUCCCCGCGGCCCGGGCGCCGCCGUCCCCCCGCCAGGUGCGGCGGCCAUGCGGGAGCGGGGCGGGGGGCGAGGCGCGGGGCCCCUCCGUAACGCGUGUGCCCCCUCAGCCCCCGCCGAGAGCGGCUGCUCGGACGAGUUCGCCCUGGACUGCACCUUCGCUGCGUGCGACCCCGAGCGCACAGGGCUGGUGCAGCCGCAGCGCGUGGUGGAGUACGUGGCGGCCAUGACCGGACACAGCGGGCACGACGGGCGGCUGCGGGCGCUGCGGCGGGCGCUGGACCCCGCGGCCGCGGGCACGGCGCUGGACUGGAGCCGCUUCCGCAGCGCCAUGGGCGCCUGGAUCGCGGCGUGCCGGCAGGACGGGGCCGAGGAGCAGGAGGUGGCCACUGGUGACACUGGAGCGGUGCCAGCAGAGGACGACGGACACGCGUCCCCAGCAGCCACCCAGCUCCAGGGCGACGACACGGAUGUCACCACCCCCAGCGCCGAGGCCGCGGGGCUGCGGAGCCGUGCCCGGCAGCUGGCAGCCCAGAACACCAAACUGCAGCGGGAUGCCGAGUUGGCCGAGGAGCUCAACGCCCGCCUGGCCGAGGAGAUUACGCAGCUCCAGGCGCAGCUGCGAAGCAGCCGGCAGGCGCUGGAGCAGGCCAGGGUGGCCGUCGAGGAGCUGGACGACAUGAAGGCCGUGGUGAAGCGGCUGGAGGAGGAGAACACCGAGCUCCGGCGGCAGGCACGGCACGCGGAGAAGGAGCAGCGCAGCCUGUGCUCGCGGGCCGAGGGCCUACAGGAGGAGAACCAGCGGCUCCUCACCGAGGGCCAGGGACUGCGGGAGCAGAUCCAGGCGCAGGCGGCUCGGACGGCCAGCCUGGAGGGCCAGCUCUGCCGUGGCACUGCCCUGCUCUCUGCCCGCGAUGCAGCCCUCGCCCAGGCAGGGCAGAGGGCGCAGGAGCUGACGGCAGCACUGGAGGAGUACGAGAGGAUGGUGCAGGAACUGCGCCUGGAGACCACGCGGCUGCGGCAGCAGCUGGGCCAGAUGCGGGACGCCUGGGCCAUGCGCCCGUGGUGCCCGCGGGGCCAGCUGGACACGCAGGCCACGGCCACAGCCCCGGGCACGGGGGACAAGGAGGACGAGGAGGAGGACGCGGGGACGGCGCUGUCCGCAGGAGGAGGCCUGGCGGGGAGCAGCGAGGAGGUGGCCAAGGCGGUGGCCCCGCAGGCGCCGCUGUCACCGUGGGCGCCGCUGUCACCGUGGGCCCUGGCGCUGCUGGCGCUGCUGGCCCUGCUCUGCCUCCUGCCCCGCCAGUGGCCCCAGCCCCAGCUGCGCCACCAGAGCCCCCCGCCCCUGUGAGACCCCUCCCCCCAGUAAAGGGCAGCUGGGCAGCGCCGUGUCCGCCUCGUCUGUACCGGCUCCCCCAAAC